ACACAAUUCUAAAUUAUUGAAAAAAAAAAACAUAAUUCGAAUUAUAAAAUCAAAUUUAUAAAAAAUUAAAAGCAAUUUAGUUAAAAAAAUAAUAUGAAUUAGUAAAGUCAAACAUCAUCUUCGAUCUCCAACUCUGAAAAAUCAAAGACGCCUAACAAAGCUCCUAGCAUAUUAAAUUAAUUUGAUUUGAAUCCUAUUAAAUAAAUAGAUCCUAUUUUUUAAAAUGGAUAUAAAGAAACAUUCUCUGUGCGUCUAUAAUUUCUUUUGAAGUUUUUAGAGAGACAAGGGGAGGAAUAAAGUCCUUCAACUAUAGAAUUAAUUAAUAUAAGGCUUUUAACAAAAAAACAAGGCCAGAAGCUGGAAAAAUUCACUAUUGAGGUUACAACAGACAAUGAUUUAUUUUUUUAUUUUUUCCACACUAUAGAUGCUGAAAGCUAUGAAGUUCUUAAAGAAACCUAAUAAUUAGAUGGAACAUUUUAAUAGUAUUAUAGCUCCACUUAAUAGUUCUUAGAGAAAUGCAAAACAGAUCCAUUAAAGUAUGCAUGCAUAUUAAACAUAAGGCCAGAUACUACUGCAUAUCUUUAAGUUAUUUAAACAUUGAAUUAUAAAGAUUUAGAAAUACUAAGAUAUGAAAUGCUUGCUGGAGAUGACGAUAUAGUUAGAUAACAUGUUUCUUUUAAAUAUGGCUAAAAGCGUUCUUAUCUGCACCUAGUAGAUGGUAGGAUAAAGGACGUAAAUGAGUUAGUGAAACUGAAAAAUCCUUAAUUAUUAUUGCAUAUAUAAAAGAUUCUUUCAAGUAAUUAAGCUAAUACAAUCUAAUAAAAUGGGUAUCAAUAUGCUGCCAAUUAGAAAUAAUAAAAUUAAAAUCAACUCUAAUAAUCAAAUGUAAUUGAUAACUAUGCAGUCAAACAGUGA